CCCACGGGAGAAGGAGAGCCGUUUGCAGGGGGCAGAGACCGCAGUUACCUGCCGGCUGAGCCCCCCCACCCCAGGAGCUCCCGCUUCUCCCCCCUUUCCCCCACCCCCACCUCCUUAUUGGUGCUGGUUUGCAGUGCUCGGCUCCUGCGCCUUGGCUUCGCGUUUGAAUCUGGCUCGCCCCUCCGUAUUAUGUCUGCACUCCGAAGGAAAUUUGGGGACGAUUACCAGGUAGUGACCACCUCGUCCAGCAGCUCGGGCUUGCAGCCCCAGGGGCCGGGCCAGGGCCCGCAGCAGCAGCUUGUGCCCAAGAAGAAGCGGCAGCGGUUCGUGGACAAGAACGGCCGGUGCAAUGUACAGCACGGCAACCUGGGCAGCGAGACGAGCCGCUACCUCUCGGACCUCUUCACCACGCUGGUGGACCUCAAGUGGCGCUGGAACCUCUUCAUCUUCAUCCUCACCUACACCGUGGCCUGGCUCUUCAUGGCGUCCAUGUGGUGGGUGAUCGCCUACUCCCGGGGCGACCUGAACAAAGCCCACGUCGGCAACUACACACCCUGCGUGGCCAAUGUCUAUAACUUCCCGUCAGCCUUCCUCUUCUUCAUCGAGACCGAGGCCACCAUCGGCUAUGGCUACCGAUACAUCACCGACAAGUGCCCCGAGGGCAUCAUCCUCUUCCUCUUUCAGUCCAUCCUCGGCUCCAUCGUGGACGCCUUCCUCAUAGGCUGUAUGUUCAUCAAGAUGUCCCAGCCCAAGAAGCGCGCUGAGACCCUCAUGUUUAGCGAGCACGCGGUGAUCUCCAUGAGGGACGGAAAACUCACGCUCAUGUUCCGGGUGGGCAACCUGCGCAACAGCCACAUGGUCUCCGCGCAGAUCCGCUGCAAGCUGCUCAAAUCUCGGCAGACACCUGAGGGUGAGUUCCUUCCCCUUGACCAACUUGAACUGGAUGUAGGUUUUAGUACAGGGGCAGAUCAACUUUUUCUUGUGUCCCCCCUCACAAUUUGCCACGUGAUCGAUGCCAAAAGCCCCUUUUAUGACCUAUCCCAGCGAAGCAUGCAAAGUGAACAGUUCGAGAUUGUCGUCAUCCUAGAAGGCAUUGUGGAAACAACUGGGAUGACUUGCCAAGCUCGAACAUCAUACACUGAAGAUGAAGUUCUUUGGGGUCAUCGUUUUUUUCCUGUAAUUUCUUUAGAAGAAGGAUUCUUUAAAGUUGAUUACUCCCAGUUCCAUGCAACAUUUGAAGUCCCCACCCCACCUUACAGUGUGAAAGAGCAGGAGGAAAUGCUUCUCAUGUCAUCCCCGUUAAUAGCACCAGCCAUAACUAACAGCAAAGAAAGACAUAAUUCUGUGGAAUGCUUAGAUGGACUAGAUGACAUUACUACAAAACUGCCAUCUAAGCUUCAGAAAAUUACUGGAAGAGAAGACUUUCCCAAAAAACUCUUGAGAAUGAGUUCUACAACUUCAGAAAAAGCCUACAGCUUGGGAGAUUUACCCAUGAAACUUCAACGAAUAAGUUCAGUUCCUGGCAACUCAGAAGAAAAACUGGUAUCUAAAGCAACCAAGAUGUUAUCUGAUCCUAUGAGCCAGUCUGUGGCUGAUUUGCCACCAAAGCUUCAAAAGAUGGCUGGAGGAGCGGCUAGGAUGGAAGGGAAUCUUCCAGCCAAAUUAAGAAAAAUGAACUCUGAUCGCUUCACAUAGCAAAACACCUCCUUAGGCAUUAUUUAAUGUUUGAUUUAGUAAUUGUCCAAUAUUUGGCUGUUGAGGUAUUCCUCCCUAAGGAAUCUGAAAGGUACAUUUUGCCCCCAGUCCUGUAAGCAUACUUGAGAGUCCUUCCUUCCCGGUUAUUGCUACUUUACCGAAAGCAAAAGUUAUGAAGGGAGGACAUUAUAAGGAAGUAAUUAAUGGGCAUGUAUUAUCACAUCAAGCAUGCAAUAAUGUGCAAAUUUUGCAUUUAGUUUUAUGGCAUGAUUUAUAUAUGACAUAUUUAUAUUGUAUAUUCUGGAAAAAAAUAUAUAUAUAUAUUUAAAGGGGAGGUACUCUCCCAACAUUUCUAACAUAUGUAUUAAGCCAAAUGAGUGGAUAGCUUUCAGGGCGACAAAACUACAUACAUAUGUAUAUGUAUGAAUACAUAUACACAUACAUGCACACACAUAUACACACACAUACAUACAUACAUAUAUAUCUGAUAAAAUUGUGAUGUUUUGUUCUAAGUUGUAGUUCUUGUGCAUGUUUACUUUAUUAGACUAGGAAGGCUACUGGCAUUAAUUAUUAAUACCAAAUAUUUUAGCCUUAAAUUAUUUGUCAUUUUAAAAUCAAAUCUGAUUUAAUGUUUUCUACUGUUUAAGGUCCUGCAAGGUUUUCAAUUGUACUUUAUAUGAAAGAGUCACACAAGUUUGUGCUAUUUAUGGCCCUGCAAAAAUAUAACCAUUAUAUAUUUAACUUGUAAAUUUUAGAGCAUACCAGUAUAUGGUAUAUCAUUGAACUUUUCUUAUGAUUUUUAAAAAUUGCUAGUACUGGGGGGAAUAAAUGUUAAUUAAUUUGAGAAUUGGUCUAUUCCUGGACUAAUUAAAAUCUGGAAAUCUGUUCUGUAUAUGAUCUAAUACAGAUAUGAGCUCUGAACAAAUGCUGAAUCAUUGUAAUAGUAGCCAAGUUUUAUUAAAUAUAUCAAAAUCUGUAUGAAAAUACAUAAUUAAUGGUCCCUGUUUCAAACUGAGUCAGUUGGAAACAUUUUCACUCUUUUUCUGGAACUUUCUAUUCAUUUUAAAAACAAUAAUUUAUCUUUAAAGAGACACACAAUGCAGUGAAACAGAUGAUAAAUAUUUAUGCUUAAAAUAUGUAUGUCUAAUUGAGUCUCUUUUAUGCUGUUUUUUCUUAUUUAUGAUAUUUGUUGUAACAGGAUAGAUUUUUUCUCACCUGGGGAAACUAUUCCAUGCCUGUCACUCAUAGUUCAGGAGUAAUGUUUUGUACAGAACUGAGAGAAAUUAAAAUUAGAUGAAUUGAAGAUAUCUUUCAUAGUUUUACUGGUGUCUUGGAUCCCUGGCCUACCCAAAUAAUUUUAGCAGUACUGUUUUCUAACCCCAAUGUCUGAUAUUUAUGACUCUUUAGUGGGAAUCAAAACUAUUGAUCAAUAGAACCCUUUCAAAAUAAAGAUUUGGAAAGCACAGAUUUUUAUGAAAAUUUAGAAGUGCUCCUUAUCAGAAUAUCAUGGGUUUUCCUAUAAUAUUUCUUAGGGCAUUGCAAUAUAAGUCUGCUCAGAAUUAAUCCACUUUUCAUUAAUAUGUAAAUUUUUAAUGGCUGAUUUGAGCACCCAUUGCUUCCUAUUCUUUAGCAAUUCUGUGAUAAUUUAAUUAUUGGCAAAUUAUUACAUCAACGAUUCCAUUAUUAACUACAAUAAUACCUUCUGGCUACCUCUGUAUCAACCAAAUUCUGUAGGUGCAAAUAUAUACCAGGGAAUUAUUACUGACAAAAUGGUCUACCUUGAGCAUUCAUCCACUGUGAAUAGAGUGGGUUGCCCUAAUCAUUGGUCACCAAACUUUUUUAUUGGCUGGAUAUAAACAAAAUAGUGACAGAGAGAACAGGGUCCAAAGGUCAUGGUAUAUUUAUUUGCAGUGGAAGAAAGUGUAGAGAUCAUUUAGUCCAACAACUUAAAACUAAAUAGAGCCAUAAUUUACUUUGGAGAGUCAUUUUAAUUUGUCUUUGGUACCAAGGAGAAGGUGGAACCCAAAACAAACUCUCCAAAUGUAUUAAUCCAUUCCACAAAAUUUUGCAUGCCUUCUAUGUCCUAAGCAUUUUUUAGUUCCUGGGGAGUUGGAUGUAACUAAGUCAGAGGAAGUCACUGCUCACCAUGAACACUGCAUGUCAGUGAGGAGGAGACAGACAAAAACCAAAUGAGACAAUUUUAGGUAGUCAAAUAUAUAUUAAGAGAAUAAAAACAGGGUAGCAUGAUGGAAAAUGAAUGUGUGGAGUAAGAAUUGAUUAUUUUGGAAGAGAUAGCUGCCUUCAGGAAGGGAUAAUAUUUUUAAACAGAAACCUGAAUGAUGAGAAAGAGCUACAAUUGCCAAAAUUAAUUUAUCUGAGUGAAUGGUAUUCUUUUAUGUUUUCCACAUGCGUGUGGGAAAGGUAUGAUUUCUGCAUGUAAUUGCAGUUUAACCCCUCUUUCUAGGUUCCUGAUAGGUCCCAGUAUACCCAGGAAAAUUCAUUUCUAUCUGUUGUUCCUGUGUAAUUAUUAGUAGCACUCCCUUUCACUCUUAUAGUGUCCUGGUUUGGAUGAUACAUGGUGAAGUUUUUGUUGAAAAUAACUAAAUUAUGAAGUCUAAUAUAUUUGGAUAAAAAUAAAGAAUUGUUUUCUUCUCCUUUUGCUGAUUUUCUUUGACACUGAUCAUUCCAAGCAAAAUCAUCUCAGUUUCAUAUAUUUUAGACUGAAGGACUUCUUAUUAAAAUGAUUCCAUGUAAUGUUUGUUUAAUCUGUAUAUGACAUGUCUCUCAGCAGUAAAACGUUAUGCAUUUUUUUGAGUGUGUAAAAAACAAACUUCUGGUAUUUCCAUUUCAGAAAGUUGUAAGAGCUCAAAUCAAAGAGAGUAGAAUUCAAUUUAGGCCAAGAUAAUUUUCAGCCCACUAAUGUGGUGGCUAUUGGAAAGGAAAACAUAAUGUGAUGAUUGGACUGAUUAACUCUACUUAAAAACUGGAAACUAGUCCCUUUUUAUAGGAUUUUCAUAGUGUAGCUCCUGUUGUAGUAAAAUAUUUCAUUCUAUUUAUCAAAAUGAUGUAAAUAAAAGAAAUACAGUUAUUUUGAUAAUGCUUAUCUUCUAUUUAAAUAUUUAUCCUUUUCAGCAAUAUGUGAAUACACUUUUGUAAAUAUAUACCAAAUGAAAAAUAAGGAUAUUUUAUCAUUAAUUAUUAAUGAAAAAAAAAUCUUCUUAAUGCUGUUGUAUGGCUUUAAAUACUAUGAAAAGUAUUCAGUUGUCUCAGGACUCAAGAACUUUUUUGUCUGAAUAGGACCAGUUCAUAAUGCAUUAAUUCUAUUAGAGGAAGACUGAGGUUAUAGGGAAGCUGACUUACAUUCUAUUUGUAUCAUGAAAAUUUCUGCCAUUCCAUACCAGGAAGAGGGUUCAGCUUGACUACACAGCAGGUCUGUGAGCUCUACUUCAGAAUUUAUGCUUGAAUUACAUUGUACAUAUUCAAGUUAGUGCCAAACGAAUUGCAUUUUUACAGCAUGCAAUCAAUAUUUAUUUAAAUGUACAAGAUUAUUUAGGUUGCAAAGAUACAAACUCUUGUAUUCAAUACCGCAAGUUUAGUUUUAUAAAAACUAUAUUAAACUUUUGAAACAUGA